AUGGCUUUCAAGAUCGUUGCUGCUGCCGCCCUCCUGGCCACCGUUCGCGCUGUUGCCGUCACCUCCACUGACCUCGAGACCAUCACCUCUUGCGGUCCUGAGGUCACUGACUGCCCCGCCCACAAGCCUACAGCUGGCCCCGCCGUCGUCACCUCUACCGACGUCGAGACCAUCAUCUCUUGCGGCCCUGAGGUCACCGACUGCCCCGCCCACAAGUCUACCGCUGGCCCCGCCGUCGUUACCUCUACCGACAUCGAGACCAUCAUCUCUUGCGGCCCUGAGGUCACUGACUGCCCUGCCCACAAGUCUAGCGCCCCCGCCUACGUCAACAGCACCGCUGCUGCCACCAACGCUCCUGCUACCACUGAGGUCACCACCAUUGUCACCACCGAGUGCUCUGAGACUGUUGCUGCCACUGAGGUCUGCACCGAGUGCGAGGAGAAGCCUGCUACCACCUCUGCUCCUGUUGCUUCCCCCGUUGAGACUGAGUCUUGCAUCACCUCCCCCGCUGAGGGAACCACCCUUGUCACCGUCUGGCAGGGUGAGACCAUCACUGUUGUUGGCACCAGCGCUCCUGCCGUUGCUACUGUGAGCAACCCCAGCACUGGUGUUUUGCUUGCUAACGGCGCUAACUCCGUUGCCGUCGGUGGUUCUUUCCUUGCCGCUGCUAUUGGCGCUUUCCUCCUUUAA